AACAAAAGCAUAAAAACAAACAAAUUUUCAGAGAUCUAAAAAACAAGUUGUGGUUCUAAUCAAAUCUCUCUCUACUUACACACUUCAAAACAAAAAAACCAGCAAAAUAAUCACAACAAUAUAUGGACACUUCCGUUCAUAUAUUACUCUCUCAUUGCCCCCUCCAAUUUAAAAAAAAAUCCACUUUGCUAUUUUUGCUAUAAUUAUAUAUUUUCUACAUGCAAUAUAUAGUGUAAUUGCACCAUAUAUAUUGUAUGUUUAUAUAUCUAUAUCUAUUUAAUUAUAGAUUGUGUAUCGAGUUUUUGAUUUUUGUUUCACUUUGAUUAUUAGUAGCUACUUUGAUUGGAUUGAUGCUAGCUGUGUCACCAUUUAUAAGCACUACAAUUACUAAUAAAGAUGAAAUCCAAGAACAAAUGGAGAGUUUCAACACCGACGAGUUCCCCGAUUUGCUCGGAACCAUUGAUUUCGACGAUCUUUUUGAUGAUGAUGUGUUGCCGGAUUUGGAGAUGGACUCGGAGCUUUUCGCCGAGUUUUCAGUUAGUACCGACGAAGAAUCGGAGAUAAACACCUCGAUUUGUAAAGGAAAAUCCGAGGAAAAUUCAAGAAAAGAUGAGGAAGAUAAGAACUCGGGUUCAGGUUCGGGUUUGGAUUCGAGUUUGAGUCCAAGAGGAGAGGAGAUUGUGAGUAAGAGAGAUAAAGGAAGAAAAUCAUCAUCUUCUUCAUCAUCAACACAAGCUAAAAGUAACAAUAAUACUCAUAAUAAUCAAGGCAAAAGAAAAGUUAAGGUGGAUUGGACGCCAGAAUUGCAUAGAAGAUUUGUGCAAGCAGUGGAGCAAUUAGGAGUGGAUAAGGCAGUCCCUUCAAGAAUUUUGGAGCUUAUGGGAAUUGAUUGUCUCACUCGUCAUAACAUUGCUAGCCAUCUUCAAAAAUAUAGAUCUCAUCGGAAACAUGUUCUGGCUCGUGAAGCGGAGGCAGCAACAUGGAAUCACAGACGGCAAAUAUAUGGAGCUGCCGGAGGAGGUGGUGGCGGCGGCGGUGUGAAGAGAGAAAUAACACCUUGGCAUGCACCUAUGAUGGGGUUUCCUCCGCCGAUGCACCACCAUUCCCCUCAUCCUCAUCCAAACUUUAGACCGUUGCAUGUAUGGGGUCAUCCUCAAAUGGAGCAACCGGUGAUGCACAUGUGGCCUAAACAACUAGCUCAUCCGCCUUCACAUCCACCGCCACCGCAUACAUGGCCUCCACAUCCACCACCAGACCCUUCAUAUUGGCACCAUCACCACCACCAGCAACGGGUUCAAAAUGGACUAAUUUCAGGAACUCAUUGCUAUCCACAGCCAGUGAUGCCACCAACGAGAUUUAGCACACCUCCUGUUCAUGGGAUCCCACCGCAUGCCAUGCAUAAAGUAGACCCGACGAGACAAUCUGGCACCAAUCCUCCUCCUUUCGACUUUCAUCCCUCAAACGAGAGUAUAGAUGCAGCCAUUGGAGAUGUUUUAGUGAAACCAUGGCUGCCACUUCCCCUCGGAUUAAAGCCACCGUCUCUUGACGGCGUCAUAGGAGAGCUACAACGGCAAGGAGUUGCAAAAAUACCACCCUCUUGUGCUUGAUUUUUUUCUCCCAAUUUUUGAACAUUCUUCCCAAAUUACUGCGGCUGUUCAUCAAUGGUGUUUUCCAGGAUCAACCAUGCACAAGGAGAAACAACAACAAAAAAAAUUUGACGACAUUUCUUCUCAGCAAGUUAUAUUUUUUUAGCUCAUGCUAAAAAAAAACCUUGUAUUAUAUUCUUGUUCUUAUAUUCUAUUGCAAGGACAAGUUUGUUUAAUGUCUACCGUUAAUAUGCAAUAAUAGUACUUUACUUUUUAUUUUUA